GCUCCAGGGGCGAGGAUGGGCCGGAAGGGGACAGCUGGGGAGAUCGGGUUCCUGGGCCGCAACUCUACGACGCUCACCUGCCUCUCGGGGCUCGCUCCCGGCUUCUUCGCGGCAGCCGGCUUCGCACCUCGCGCCUCUCGCGAUAUGAGGACUCUGCGGGAGCGCGGGCAGGGCGGAAGUGGCCUUGGCGAGCUCCCGGGUGUCCGCCGCGUCACUGGCGGAGGCGUGCCCGCUUCCAAGAUGGCGGCGGCAGCGGCGGCGGUGUCAGGCGCGCUCGGCCGGGCGGGCUGGAGGCUCCUGCAGCUGCGGUGCCUGCCCGUGUCCCGUUGCCAGUCAGCCGUGGUGUCACGUGCCUUCCAUGCUUCAGCUGUGCAGCUAAAGUCUUCAGAUGAGCAGAAGCAACAACCUCCCCCGUCUUUUUCUCAGCAACAUCCUGAGACACACAGAGCAGAAGAACCCAAGCCAGAGUCCUCUCGUCCACCCCCCAGGUACACAGAUCAGGGCGGUGAGGAGGAGGAGGACCAUGAGAGUGAGGAGCAGCUGCAGCACCGCAUCCUGACCGCAGCCCUGGAGUUCGUGCCUGCCCACGGGUGGACAGCAGAGGCCAUCGCGGAAGGAGCCCAGUCUCUGGGUCUCUCCACUGCAGCCGCCAGCAUGUUUGGGAAUGACGGCAGUGAGCUGGUACUGCAUUUUGUGACCCAGUGCAAUGCUCGGCUCACUCAUGUGCUGGAAGAGGAGCAGAAGCUGGUACAGCUGGGCCAGGCCGAGAAGAGGAAGACAGACCAGUUCCUGAGGGACGCAGUGGAAACCAGACUGAGAAUGCUGAUUCCGUACAUUGAGCACUGGCCCCGGGCCCUCAGCAUCCUCAUGCUCCCGCACAACAUCCCAUCCAGCCUAAGCCUGAUCACCAGUAUGGUGGAUGACAUGUGGCAUUACGCUGGGGACCAGUCCACUGAUUUUAACUGGUAUACCCGCCGAGCUGUGCUGGCUGGCAUCUACAACACGACAGAGCUGGUGAUGAUGCAGGACUCGUCCCCAGACUUCGAGGACACUUGGCGCUUCCUGGAAAACCGGAUUAAUGAUGCAAUGAACAUGGGCCACACUGCCAAGCAGGUAAAGUCCACUGGAGAGGCACUGGUUCAAGGACUCAUGGGUGCAGCAGUGACACUCAAGAACCUGACCGGUCUAAACCAGCGCCGGUGAGCGGGAUGGGGUGUGAGCUAGAGUGCCCAGAAGAAAAUCUACAGAUACAUUGAAAGGGCUUUGAAAGAUACGAAGUGCCGCCCAUGGAACAGGGUGUUAAUGAGAAAACACUGAAGGACUCCUGAGUCACUACGACAGCCACCUGGAAACCACAGAGCACUUGAUACAGCUGUAGCCUGCGAUCAGGCUACUUCUUCAGUUCUAAAUACCAGGCCAGGCCUCCUGAUGCCUUUCUGCAUUACCACUGUGUGACUGAAAAAAUGAGGCUCUCAUCCAAGCGUUCAAGCCACAGAAACCCGGCAUGUCCCUAUCUAUGGUCUCACAGAUACUUGAUCAUGUCUUAACCUUCCUAGAGUAAUCUCUGGGGCUCCCAAAUCAGAGUCAGGCUGUGAAACCUUUAUAAAGUGGCAGCCCAUCCCCAGCACAGCACAGACUUGUGCACACAGGUGUUCCUUGCACCCCUCCCCUUUCUGGUGUCCUGAGAUGCUGCACCUGGGAACCCCUCAGAAAGCUGCCUCACUUGAGACUGGUGCCUGCUGGACAGUGGUGCCCAGCCUGGCCGGAGGCGUGAACCCAGGCCGUUGUCGCAUUACACCAGCAUGUGUUGUAGGGUUAAGAGUCUGUACAAAUAGUAAUAAAUAUGUUUGAAGCAGUU